AUGGGAGAGCAUGCGACUCUCAGGUCCCAGAAAUUACGGGCUGAGCUUGCCAAGACCAUGCACUCCCCACCCGCCCGUGCCCACCCCAACAAUCCACGAAGGAACACAAUGAAUCUUGCGCGAAUGAGCGGGGGUAUUUAUCAUUCAGCCAAGUCCCGAUUCAGAUCCAAUUCCCGCCAGCUAGUCCUCCUCGACAAACACAAAUACCGAAUCACCAUGGUUGGCGUCCCGGGUCGUUCAAAAGCUUGCGUCACUUGCAAAAAGAGGAAGAAAGGGUGUGACUCGUUGCGUCCAGCCUGCAGCCAGUGCAAGAGGUUAGGUCUAACCUGCGAGGGUUAUGAAACUGGACGCGUGUUCGUCAAUGCUUCUCAGAAUACGUGGUCUGCAGGAGCCACAUACCGGGGCGCCCAAACGGCUCCGCAGCAAGCAGUGUCUGACUCUAUCAUUCAUUCACGGGCGCUCUCGCGUUCCGCCUUUGAAGCUCAGCGUCUAUGUCUGUUCCUCGAGGCAUACCUUCCGCAGACGUGGGAUGCCACGGAAAAUGCCGGGCUCUCGACCGGCAGCGAUUGGCCCUCGCUUGUCCGUCAGAUGGACGGGGAUGGAACAGCCGUAACGUAUGCGCUACACGCAAACAGCCUAGCUCUUCUUGGUAAGCAAGAGGGCCAGGAAUGGAUGAUUAACGAAAGCUUGUCCAUGUACGGGCGGUCCUUAAAAGCAAUGGGCCAAGCGCUUGCCCGUCCUCAAGGGCAAGACCAAGGCAUGCUUCUUGUUUCUACCAGGUUACUUAGCUUAUUCGAGCUCUUCUUUGGAAACCACACCAAUCAGCCAGCCACCCAGUCUCGGAACUGGGAGCGCCAUACUCUCGGCGAACUUGCUUUGCUGAACGCAGUUGGGCCUCAAGGAUGCAUUCGUGGUAAUGCUCACAAAAUCUUUGUGGGUGGCCGAAUCAAUUACUACACCGUCUCUGCCAAGCGGCGCAAGCGGUUGUUCAUCUCCAGGCCGGAGUGGAAAAUCAUACCCUGGACGGUCUCGUCCAAAAGUCCCGAAGACCACCUCCUCGAUAUUCUACUCGACAUUCCCGAGGUCCUUGAGAGGUAUGACGGUUUGCGGGCUAGCCCAUCGCUCACUGAGCUUGAAUCGCUCAAGAUCAAGGCUCUAUACCUGACCGGCUGCCUCCUGCUUUACACCACCUGGAAGAUGGUGUCUGAUGCAGGAUCGCCAAUAGCCGCGCCACCAGAUCCGAGCUACUCAAGAUCCCUUGAAGACAUUGCGGCCCUGACACCUAUGCUCCUCAGCGCAAGUACGGGCAUGUUUGGGAAGCAGGUGGCGUCUUGGCCGCUAGCCAUUGCCCUCCAAUUUUUCAUGGCAUUUGCGCAACCACAAUUCGAUAAGCAAAAGGCGGCGUUGGUCAAUAAGCUUGCCGUUACCCCGGAUAUGGCACGGUACGCGGUCCUCGGUGCCACUGGAAAUACCGGACGCUCGUUAGUCAGGCUCUUGCUGUCAGGGUUGGAUGCUGAAGUCCACGCAUACUGCCGAAAUAAGGACAAACUUGGUCAGCUUCUACCUGAUCUAGUGGACAACAGAAACCUCAAGGUUUUCGAAGGGAGUAUUUUUGAAGUCGACCUCUUCGUGGAUUGCCUUCGCGGGUGCCACGUCGUGUUCCUCACCGUAAGCACCAAUGACAACAUCCCCGGUUGCAGGCUAUCACAAGACUCAGUCAACACCGUCAUCCAAGCGCUGCUCAAGCUCAAGUCGGAACCAAAUGGCAGCCCCGCGAUGCCAAAGCUCGUUCUCCUCUCGUCGUCGACGCUCGACGAGCACCUCAACCGGAGCAUGCAUUUUUGGUUCAAGCCCAUGAUGAAACGAGCGGGUUCCUUUGUUUACCAUGAUCUAGUGGUCGCAGAAGAAAUGCUCCGAGCCCAAGAAAGCUGGAUAUCGACAAUUUUUAUCAAGCCAGGUGGGCUUUCUAUCGAUAAGCAGCGCGGCCAUGCACUCAGUUUCGAUGAGCAGGAAUCUUUCGUCUCAUACUUGGAUCUAGCGGCGGCGAUGAUCGAGGCAGGAGAUGACCCCGAUGGGAAAUAUGAUAUGAAGAACGUUGGGGUCCAAGUUCAUCGGUGCAUUCUUAUUUCCGAACGAUCACAGACUGCGAAGGCUAUUGACCCAAGUCCAAGUCACCUGUUGACGGCCCCCGUGGUGAAGCUUGGCCGCGGUUCGAAGGGCUAG